AUGACAGACACCCGACGAAGAGUAAAGCUUUACGCUCUGAACGCCGAUCGGCAAUGGGAUGACAGAGGAACUGGUCAUGUGUCAUCAUGUUAUGUAGAAAGGUUGAAAGGUACAUCAUUAUUGGUGAGAGCAGAGUCAGAUGGCUCUCUUCUUUUAGAAAGCAAAAUUCAACCCGAUACAGCAUACCAAAAGCAGCAGGACACGUUGAUUGUAUGGUCAGAGGGAGACAAUUUUGAUUUAGCAUUAAGUUUUCAAGAAAAGGCUGGCUGCGAUGAAAUAUGGGAGAAAAUAUGUCAGGUACAAGGCAAAGAUCCAUCAGUUGAAAUAACACAGGACAUUGUCGAGGAGUCUGAAGAUGAACGGUUUGAUGAAAUGUCUGAUAGUGUACAACCAGUUGAAUUACCGGCUUGUGAAAUGGGACGUCUGGAAGAUAUUAAUGAUACCAUAUUUGAUGUUGUGGGUUGUCUGGAAUAUGACCCUAGUUUACCACAGCCUAAAAAACACAGGGAAUAUCUUCGAGAGCUAGCCAAGUUUCCAUUAGAAAUAACACUAAGUAUAGAUGAUCAGAAGACGAAGACUGCUUCUAUAGAUAUCUUAACUUACAUUGUUGAGUUUUCACCAUCUGUUGUAAGAGAUUAUACCUUACAACAAGCAAACAACACUGAAGAGGAGCAAAUGUUAUUAAACAUUGUGAUAGAGCAAAUGCUUAGAGACAGGGACCCUGAACUUGGUGGUGCAGUCCAAUUAAUGGGUGUUCUCCGUAUUCUCCUUGACCCUGAAAGUAUGCUGGCAUCUGUAAACAAAAGUGAAAAGGCAGAUUUUCUUAAUUUCUUCUAUAAGCAUAGUAUACAAACUCUUAUAGCACCUUUAUUGGCUAACACAACAGGUGAGAAACCUCUCAAAGAAGAUUAUCACACAGUGCAGUUGUUGGGGCUUGUACUAGAGCUUCUUGCUUUUUGUGUUGAACAUCACACUUAUCAAAUCAAAACAUGCAUAUUAAACAAGGAUCUACUUCGUCGCAUAUUGGUGCUAAUGAGAUCAACACACACCUUUUUGGUGCUUGGCGCAUUGAGGUUUAUGAGAAGAAUAGUAGCUCUUAAAGAUGACUACUACAACAGAUACAUCAUAAAGGGAAACCUAUUUGCGCCUGUUAUAGACGCCUUUCUUAGAAAUAAUGGCAGGUACAACUUAUUAGAUUCAGCUAUUUUAGAGUUAUUUGAGUUCAUUAAGUUGGAGGACAUAAAGUUACUAUGUUCGCAUGUUGUGGAAAACUAUGGAAAAAUUUUAGAGGAUGUUGAAUAUGUGCAAACAUUUAAAGCUUUAAAGACGCGGUAUGACCAACAUCAGGAUAAAUUAAAAGAAAGAGAUAGAGUGAGCGGGAGCGUUGCGGUGGCGGAGGCGGUGGUGCCAUCACUGCUGCGCACGCGGUACAGACGCGAGGCGAGGACCCCCGACGACGAGGAGGAGAUGUGGUUCAACGACGACGACGAGCUCGACGAUGAGGCGCCGCUCGACGCCGCUCAGCCGCACGCGCACGCUCAUCACGCGCUCGACGCCAUCGGUAAAAUAGUGGAAAAGAAAGUGUGCUCGAAUACAGAGACUGUGAAUGGACCUAGCAGAGUUCUGCUGAGUACCACAGUCGCCAGCAAGCCGACGCACACUGACGUUCAGGUAUCCUCGCCCAGAUUACUCAAUAAGGGUCUCGUGGACUACGACGGGGACUCUGAUGAGGAAGAAGAGGGGGGCGGUGGGGGCAGCGGUAGCGGGGGGAGCGGGUCGGGUGCGACCGAGGAGCGAGACGCGAAGCGGCCCCGCCUGGCG